UAUGUUGUAAAAAUAAUACUUCUAUAGCUAAUAUUUAAAAGUUAAAAUUGUUUAAAAUAGUGUUUCACUAAUUUGUGCUAUACAUAGACAAUAUAAAUAUUUGUGUAAUUUCCUAAUAAAUUAUUUGAUGGUCUUGAAGGAUAGGAAUAUGUAAAUCUCCUCAUCAGCCCUUUAUAAGUAAUUUAUAUAAUAAUAAAUACAAAAUUUAUAUAUAUAUAUUUAUAAGUAAUAUAUGUUAUAAAAAAAAAAUGUCUUUAAAAUAUUAAUGAGGUUCACUUAAAAACUUAUCCACACGAUUUUUUAUGAUAUCAGUCAGCCCGUUCCUUACCAAUUGAACUAAGUUUGGUUAUCAAUAAUAUACUUGUUCUAUAAUUGGCUAUUUAUGUUGAAAACUGUUCUCCAACAGUUGGUAGCAAUUAAAAAGGUGUCCAUCCAAAACUAAGAUACCAUUUACCAAAUUAGUAGUAUAAUGGUAUUUUUAAGACGGGUUGCCCCCUAAUGUAUGUAGCGCCUGUAGGCCAUGUGCCUUGUUCACCAAGCAUACUUAGGAUUUUGCGAUACUGUAUAAGUAGCAAUGCCUCGAAACAAUGGGAAUCGAUUAACUUAUGUUUUGUCGAAGUCAGGGGAGGUCAAGACAUUUCCAACAAAAUGAUUUCAAGAUUACAUUAUGCAUACAAGUCAAUUUUUUUAUAAUAUUGUGCGGGAAAAAAAGAUAAUUUCAUUUGAAACCUCUACCCUCGAAAUGUAAUCUUGUCUAUAUAUCUAGUUGAAAAAGUAAUCUUCAAUCAUAUGUUAUUUUUACUAAGAUUAGAUGAAACUUUCAUUUGAUCUGUGUUUUUAUCGUAUUAGCAUAUAGAUAAUAAACAGAUAUAAAUAAUGUUUAUUAUCUAUAUCUGUGUGAUUAGUGUAUAUCUAUGGUUUUUAUCUCUACCCAUUCCAUUAUAAAUACAAUUGAUGAUAAUUCCUUAUCAAUAAAUAAUAUGUGAAAUAGAUAAUAUUAAGAACUAAAUAUUUGAAAUCAAGUUUAUGCUAUUUUCUUAUAUUUAGUUUAAAAUAGUUGUUAAUUAAGACGUAUUUUAUGUGUUUAAUGUCUGUAAAACAGUUAUUAUUUGCUGAUUGGAUUUUUAAUAAAUUUCUGAACACUUUUUUGGUAUGAAGCGUCGAAAAAUGUCUGUAGAGUGUGAAAUGGAUCAUUCUUAUGCUAUUCCAAAUAUUAAUGAUAAUUCAAAUGCUCUAUUGAAAAAAAUUCAGAAUGUUUACACAAAUAAAUUGUUAAAUGAUAUUACACUUUUAGUUGGAGGUGUUCCAUAUCCUGCUCAUCGUUUUAUGUUGUGUAUAUCCAGUGAUGUAUUUGAAACUAUGCUUAUGAAUACAAAAUGGAGUGAUUCAUAUCAAGAAGUUGUUGAAUUGCAAGAAAUACAACAAUGCAUUGAAGUGUUUCCAAUAUUUUUAAAAUAUUUUUAUACUGGUGUUAUAACACUUGAGCAAUCUAAUAUAAUGCCAAUGCUUGUAUUGGCAGACAAAUACAAUGUUAAGGAUCUUACUUUGCUGUGUGUUGAAUAUAUGUGUGAUCAUAUUGCUGAUGCUGCUGACCAAGGUCAAUUAGUUACAUGGUUUCAGUAUGUUUUAUCUUUAAAUCAACCUUCCCAAAUCAGUGCAUCAUACUAUUGUAAAAUUUGGCAAGACAGUGAAUGUUUCAAUGUAAAAUCUCCAUGGAAUAAAUUGCUUAAGGCUUGUAGAAAUUAUAUUAAAUGGAAUCUAGAUUCUUGUACAAAAUGUUUCAAUACUUUUCAAUGUGAUGUUUUAGUUGGGUUGUUGCAACAGUCAGAUGUUGUUGUUCAUGAUGAAAUGCAGCUAUUUGGAUGUGUUGCAUCUUGGUUAAAUUAUCAAUCAGCUGAAAAACAAAUUGAAUGCAAUGAUCCUGAUUUUAUUGAUGAGUAUAUGAGUUCUUUAACACGACAUGUCAUGUCUUACAUAAGAUAUCCAAUGAUUCUACCUAGACAAAUGGCGCAGCUUCUUAUGCUAUCAAUUGUCAAGCAAAAUAAGGAUUUUUUUGUCGAUAAGAUGGCUGCAGCAAUGGAGUACACUUUAGUGAAUUAUGAAAAAAAUUUAAAUAAAACGUUUGGGGAACAUAUAUUAGAAUGUACUCCUAGAUUAUACACUAGUUGUAAACUACGAUGGGGAAAAUUAUUUAGAGUUCGUACAAAAAGUAUUCAAAAUUAUCAAUCCAUUAAACGCGAAAUUUUAACAUCUAGUAAUUUAUUUGACCGUGACCAUGAAAGAAAUGAAGAAUCUCAGUGGGAAAUUGAAUUGUUUUUAAAAGGCAUAUGUUAUGAAAAAUCCUUAUUAAUGACAUGGCGUGGAUCUGUAGAACUACCAGAAGUUGUAAUAAAAACAAUUCGUGCUACUGUUAAAUUAAAGCUGCGACCUGAUGAGUUUGGAAAAAUUUCUCGACAUGUACGAGUGGCCAUUUUAAUAUAUGGUGUUCAAAACAAAGUUCCUCAUGUUAUUACAGUAGUUCAAAAAAUAGCUUCAUUUGACAGUAAUCAAAACAUAAUUAGAAUUGACGAUCUAAUGGUUUUUGAAGGUAUAAAUUCUCUUACAUCUGAUGAAGAAAUGGUUCAUAUUAAUGAUACUAAUGUAUCAUAUUUUAUGCCUGGGCAGCCUGCUCCAUUAAAACUUCAUGUUAUAAUUACACCAAUUGUACAAGGUUUGACAGAUACUCAUAUUGGUACUAGAAUUCAAAGUGUACAUUUUUAGAGAUUUUAUUUAUUUAUCUGAAA